GAAAUAAUGAAAUCCAAUUUCAAAGGAAAAAAUAAAAGAAAAAACUGGAAAUAGGUUAGGCUUGCUUUAAGAUCUUUGUUGUUAUGUAUGCUGGCCUCUGAAGGCACAUCAGAAGUUUCUUCAGAUCCGAAGAAAAAGAUAAAUCAAGAACUGUAUGUUGAUUUGUGGUUGCUCAUUUUGCAGAUGGAUUCACCGACAAGAAACAAAGAUGUCCCGUUUUAUGAGCUGAUUCCAUUUCCAACUCCCCCUACUCAUCUUCCUCACUUACUCCUAAAUCCAACAAUGAUUACCUUCAUGGAACCCAAAGAAAAACUCACCGAACACGACAAAUGCUUGGAUCCUCAGCUAUGGCAUGCCUGCGCCGGCAGCAUGGUCCAAAUGCCACCAGUAAACUCCAAAGUCCUCUACUUCCCCCAAGGCCACGUGGAACACGCCUCCGAAAACGUAGACUUCCGGAACCUUCCGCGGGCCCCACCUUACGUCCUGUGCUGUGUCUCAGCUGUCCGGUUCUUAGCCGACCCUGAAACCGAUGAGGUCUUCGCGAAAAUCCGACUCUCCCCAGUCUCCAGUCACGAGGCUAACCUUGAGGACAACGACUGUGGGCCUAAUGGGCUUUCCGGGCCCGCCGACAAUCAAGAAAAGCCCGCGUCUUUCGCCAAGACUUUGACCCAAUCAGAUGCGAACAACGGCGGCGGAUUCUCUGUGCCAAGGUACUGUGCAGAGACGAUCUUCCCCAGACUAGACUACUCUGUCGACCCGCCAGUUCAGACGAUCCUUGCCAAAGAUGUUCACGGCGAGACUUGGAAAUUCCGGCAUAUUUACCGGGGUACCCCUAGACGGCACCUGUUGACGACGGGUUGGAGCACGUUUGUGAACCAGAAGAAAUUAGUAGCAGGGGACUCGAUCGUUUUCAUGAGGUCUGAAAACGGCGGUGAACUCUGUGUCGGCAUAAGGCGGGCCAAGAGAGGGAUUGGGCCCGGCGGUGGGCCCGAGGUGCACGCGGGCUGGAACUAUGGUGGGGGGUUCUCGUCGUUGUUCUUGAGAGAGGACGAGGGUAAAAUGGGGAGGAAUGAUUUGAUUGGGGGCAGAGGGAGGGUGAGGGCCGAGGACGUAAUUGAGGCGGUAGGCCGUGCGGCGAGCGGUCGGGAGUUUGACGUGGUUUAUUAUCCGCGGGCGAGCACGCCGGAGUUCUGUGUGCGUGCGAGUUUGGUUAAGGCGGCAUUGCAGGUGAGGUGGUGCUCAGGGAUGAGGUUCAAGAUGGCGUUCGAGACGGAGGACUCGUCGAGAAUAAGCUGGUUCAUGGGGACUGUGUCGGGUGUACAGGUGGCGGACCCCAUCAGGUGGCCCGACUCGCCUUGGAGGCUUCUUCAGGUGGCAUGGGACGAGCCCGAUCUGCUUCAGAACGUGAAACGAGUAAGCCCGUGGCUUGUCGAACUAGUAUCCAACAUGCCCGCUAUCCAUCUUUCCCCAUUUUCAUCACCCCGUAAAAAACUUCGACUCCCUGGCCAUCCUGAAUACUCUCCUCUCGACUCCCAAUUCCCUCUGCCACCGUUUUCCGGUGGCCCCUUUAGCGGUAACUGCCUUCUGAACAGUAACAACACUCCUCCUGCUGGCAUGCAGGGAGCCAGGCAUGCUCAAUACAGCUUAUCAUCCCUAUCAGACAACAACAACAAUAAUAAUAAUAUUAAUAAUAAUCCUCGCUACCCCAAAAAUAUAAUCCCGGCGAGUUUUUUUCCCUUUGGUUAUCCUCCCUUUGACCGGGCUCCGCCAGCUGGCCCGAUCACUCCCGGGCCCUGCAGCGGUGGAAAUGUUUCUUGUCAGCUGACUAUGGGCUGCCAGGCCCAAUCUCAAGAAACGGGAAAAUCGAGUGAAGGGAAGCAUGCCCAAGCCCCAUUUCUACUUUUUGGGCAGAAGAUAGUUAUGGAGAAUAGGGUAAUGAGCUACUCGAGCGAAACGGUUAAUUCUUCGUCUGAAGGUAAUGGGGAUAAGAAUGGAAAUACAUCUGAUGGAAUUCAGUCAGAGGAGCCCGGUCAGUGCAAAGUUUUCAUGGAAUAUGAGGAUGUUGGGCGGACUUUGGAUCUUUCUUUGAUUGCUACUUAUGAGGAACUUUACCAAAAGUUAGCAGAUUUAUUUGGAGUCGAGGUUUCGGAAAUUGAGAAUCAUGUUCUGUAUCGGGAGGCCUCGGGCUGCGUUAAGCGAGUUGGCCGUAUACCGUUUAGUGAUUUUGUGAAGGCUGCGAGGAGGUUGACGAUUUUAACAGAUUCGAGCAGUGAUAAUUUAUGA